GCGAAAUCCAAUGAGAGCUCUCCUUUUAAAAAGAAGCCAAUGCAAUGGGCGUUAAAUAUAAAAGUGUCAAAAGUGCAAAUAACGCGAACAAAUCUUUUGUUAGCGUUUGUUGCUUGUUCUUGUUUUCACCGUUCGAGUAACUGAACGGUAAGUUAGGUUAAGAUGCCGAUCGACCAGAAACGCAUUAACGGGCCGGAGACAUCCGUUUCGUAUGAUAUUUAUGUUCAUUCCGAAGAAAAGGAAGAGAUACAAAUCGAUGCCUCAAAGAGACACGAUGAUCGCUCAAACAAUGAACUUAGAGAUAUAUUUUUAAGGACAGGUAUCGUUAGUCAAGCCAAAGGCUCUGCCUACAUCGAGAUGGGCAAUACAAAGGUCAUCUGCUCGGUUUUUGAUCCCAGAGAAGUGCCUAAUAAAGUUGGCUAUUGUGUGCAAGGUGAAUUGUACUGCGAAUUCAAAUUUGCACCUUUCUCCCAUCGCAAACGAAAAAUGCAUCAGCAGGAUGCUGAGGAGAAAGAGUACAGUUUAGUACUGCAGCGAGCUCUGGAACCAGCAGUGUGUUUAAACGAGUUUCCUAAUUUCCAAGUGGACAUCUACGCGACAGUCCUAGACAACGGUGGAUCAGCACUCGCUGCUGCAAUAAUGGCUGCUAGUCUAGCUUUAGCAAAUGCAGGUGUACCAAUGUAUGGUUUGGUCACAGCAUCCACUAUUGGUGUAUGUGAUGGUAUAUAUUUGGUAGAUCCAACAGACACAGAAGAAAGUUUCUGUAAUUCCAGGUCUGUACCAGGCAAAAGUGAUCAUGGAAUUAUAGUACAAGCAGCCCUUCCACAGCACAGUCAGAUCGCUGAAAUGUUUGUAGUGGGAAGUUUCGAUACAGAUACCAUUGUACAUUCCAUGAGUCUCUUGAGCAUAGCUCACAAGGAUAUAUGCCCCUUGUUGGAACAAUGUCUCGUGAAAACCAUUUUCAAGUCAUUUCGUCCAACUAAAAAAGAAUGUGAGAAGUGAAGAAAAUAGGUAUGUGUUAAACUCUUUUAUAUAUUAAGUUGUUAAUAAAAUGAGUCAAAAACCGCCAAAUUUGUUGCCCUCCUUUUC